AUGAAAGCUGCUGCACUUCGAAAAGUUCAAGCUGAAAAUGACGAAUGGGAUGCUACUGCUGAAGAACGAUUCUAUCGAGGCUCUCCACUACUAAAAAAUCGCCGAAAACGGAGGCCUGUGUCUAUACUUGGGGUAACUGAUGAGGAUGAAGAAGAUACAGAAGCUGAGGGUGAUGAGGGCAACAAGGGCGAUAAGGGCAUCAAGAAAGCUAAGGAAGCUAAGGAAGAUGACGAAGAUGACGGCGAUGAGGAAGCUGAGGAUGAAGAUGCUACCUCGGAGAUCCUUUCGGGGGAUCGCAAUGAAAGCGUUCACGACAGCGACAUUGAUUCCUACAUCAACGGUUCAGACGCUCAGUCCUUCGGAUCUGUUGACUUCAUACCAGAGGAGGAUCUUUCGUCGCAGGGAGAAGAAGGAAAUAACGGCUAUGAUAGCGACCGUGACAGCGACUACAGCAUCGACCAUGACAGCGACCAGAGCAUCGGCCAUGACAGCGACCAUAGCAUCGAAAUGGACAUCCGUGGCGAGUUGGCAGACCUGGGACGUGGGAUGACCCAUGACGAGAUAGAAUGGAAGUGGAGUGAGUUGCUAGGAGCAGAAAAGUUAGGCUCGUAA